CGAACGGCGACAUCCACACAGCGAUGGACAGCGACUCGGUGUCAGCGGAUUACAGCAUCUCCACUGAAAUAUUGGAGAAAAUUGUGAGCAGUGACACAAUCGAAACAGCGAAUGAGUCAGUGGAGACUGAAGGAUUGUACCACUGUGGGAAGUGCGGGCAGAAUUUUCCAGACAGCAACAUCUUUUCCUCCCAUACUUGCCGUGUGUCACCCUCUGCCUCCUGCAUCCCCCGUGUUUUGGCAUCAGAGGGCCACAGAGAAAAGGGCGACUCUGACGUUUAUAAAUGUCCCCGAUGCGAUGAGGUCUUCCAGCUACCAAGCACCUUGAAGAGACACUUCCGAACCCAUCCAGUGGAGCCCAAACGGCCGGUCCUGUGUUCUGAGCCGGGUUGCCAGUUCAGGAGCGAGGACCUGCAGGUAUACCAGAAACACCUGCGUAGGGAGCACCACCUGCAGCUCGUCCCCUGCGCCUUCCGCUCCUGCUGCCUGGCCUUCCGCUCAGAGGAGGAGAUGGAGAGGCACCGUCGCAACCACCUCCCCUUCCACUGUGCCCACUGCCACUACGUCACAGCCAACGCCAAGCAAUUCAGUGCCCACUGUCGCAGCCACGCCCACCCCGGCGCUGGAGAGGAGAGGAGGGAAGCUGAUGGUACAGGGGAGACGGAGGCGCGGUCCAGAGGAGCAGAACACAGCAGGCGGUCUGUAGCAGGGACGCGCAGAAGACGCCAAACCCACACCCCUCAAACGACCCCCUCAGAGUCUCAGGACGAGGAGGAGCAGCACAGCAGCAAGAAAGCCAGAAAGGAGAAGCAGAGGGAGGAGGCAGCAGCCAGUACAGAUCUAAAGGACCAUCUCUCCAAAUGUCACGUGGCAGAGGGCACGGAGCACCUGUACCGCACACACAUCUGCCCCGAGUGCCGGCGCUGCUUUAAGAAGCGCACCCACCUGCUGGAGCACCUGCACCUGCACUUCCCCGACCCCGGUCUGCAGUGCCCCCGCUGCCAGCACUACUUCACCAGCAAGAGCAAGCUGCGCAUCCACAUGCUGCGCGAAGCAGGCAGCAAGCUGCACCAGUGUCAUCUGUGCAGCUACUGCGCCGUGGAGCGCAACUCCCUGCGCCGACACCUGGCCAGCAUCCACGGCGAGCAGGUGCAGGACAACUUCUACUCCGACGUCUACCCCUGUCCCACCUGCGGGAAGAGCUUCCGGCUCAGCCAGGCCCUCAAGGCCCAUAUGAAGUCCCACCACACCUCCCCGGCCGGCCAGCCCUUGGGAUGCUUCCAGGAGGGCUGCCCGUUUCAGAGCACCAACAAGAAGGAGCUCCAGAGACACGCAAUGGACGCCCACGGGGUGAAGGCUGUGGAGUGCCGACACCACGCCUGCAGCGUAUACUUUGGCAGCCAGGAGGCGAUGGAGGUGCACUACCGCACACACCUGGCCUUCCACUGCUCGCAGUGCGACUUCUCCAGCUCCAACAAGAGCAGCUUUCAGAGGCACAAGCGGCAGGGUCACCCCGGCUCCGAGGAGCUGCGCUGCGGCUUCUGCCCGUUCACCUCCUUCAACCCCGUGGAGUUUGAGGAGCACGUCGGCCGCCUGCACGCCAACGAGAAGAUCCACCGCUGCCCCCAGUGCAGCUUCGUCACCGCGCACAAGCGCGUCCUCGGCCGCCACAUGCUGCUGCACACGGGUGAGAAGCCCCAUAAGUGUAAGCUGUGCAGCUUCAGGUGCAGGGAUGAGACCUACCUCUCCAAACACAUGCUGACACACUCUGACGACAAGAACCACAUGUGCUCCGAAUGCGGAUAUGUCACCAAGUGGAAGCACUACCUGAACGUGCACAUGCGCAAACAUGCAGGUGACCUCAGGUACCAGUGUACGCAGUGCUCGUACCGCUGCCACCGAGCUGACCAGCUGAGCAGUCACAAGCUGCGGCACCAGGAGAAGUCGCUGAUGUGCGAGGUGUGCGCCUUCUCCUGCAAGCGCAAGUACGAGCUGCGCAAACACAUGCAGCUGAAGCACUCUGAGGGAGGCGGCCAUCAGCUGCCCGUCUUCCAGUGCAAGUACUGCACCUACCACACGCAGUACCGGCAGGCCCUGCACAACCACGAGAACUGCAAGCACACGCGGCACCGACAGUUCUGCUGUGCCCUCUGCUCCUACAGCUCCUUCAGCAGCACCAGCCUCUUCCUGCACAAGAGGAAGGUGCACGGCUACGUUCCCGGGGACAAAGAGUGGCUGCACAACUACGCACAGAAAGAGCGGGAGAACAGCGCUGUGAUGAUGACACAGAGCUUCUGCCAGGCGCCUCCCCCAGAAAGAGCCCGCACCCCUGAGGGGGUGUCCCACCACCCCGCCGAAACCUCACAGAGCGCCAAGGGCGCUGGCUGUGGUCUCAGCUCUGCCUCUGCAAGCCGAGAUCCAGGCAGCCAGGUAACGCCCGCUGAAGCAGCCACAGAGGAGGCGUCUGUGGAGAGUGUGGAAAAACAGUGUGGUUCUGACCUUGUGAGCCAGGAGGUGUCUGAGGAGAGUGUGGAAAAACAGUGUGGUUCUGACCUUGUGAGCCAGGAGGCGUCGCUUACUGAGGUUCCAACAAAUCACAAAACCUCUGUGCCAGAGGAAUGUUGUACUUUGGUUUUGACCCCCAUGACAAAUAUAUUAUGCGCUGGUUCAGUCUGCAUGCAAAAUGAGCCAGAAAAUGAGGGACAGACAACUUCAGGGAGACCGAGUGUUGGCUCCAGAUUACUUCCUGGUGAAAGAGUGAGGCCAGGACAGCUCUCUCAACGCGUGAGCGAUGCAGGGGAGGAUGGUGCGUCGGCAGGAGACUGCGCAGAACUGAGCGAUGAAGAGGGUGUGACGAAGGAAACGGCCAGCAAAAGCAGGCUACAGGCAGAGGCACAGGGGACCGACGGGACGGCCAGAGAGGAGGGAAACGAGACCGAGGAAGCCUCUCGGCCGGAGUCUCUCCUGAAGGCCCUGAAGAAGCAGGACAGGGAGCAGGCCGAGGCUCUGGUCCUGGAGGGGCGGGUGCAGGUGCUGGUUGUUCAGACGAAAGCGUGCCUGUACCGCUGUGACCGCUGCUCCUAUGUGACGCGGAAGCAGGCGUCUCUGAGCCAGCACUGCAAGUCAUCCUGCAGGGCCAGGCGGGUACCACUCCGGUGCCAGGACUGCGGUGCCGAGUUCAAACAGCAGCGAGGCCUGGACACCCACCAGCGCAGGAAAUGCCCCGUCCUCCUGAGGAAGAGCAGGAGGUUCCCCUCCCUCCCUGCCGUCAGCUCAGCCACGGAUACGCCAGCGAAUCAAGGAGAAGCCGUCACUGAAAAUAACCAAUCAGAGUCCAUCUCUAAAUCUAACAGUACCGGUGAGCCGGCAGCUGAGAAGAUGCCAAGCUGUUCGCCCCUGGGCCGCACCAUCACCGCGGAGAAACAACGUGAGUCAAGUGUUCCGGAACAUCAGACGGUCAAAGAAAAUGCAACAGCAGUGAAGAACAGCCAAACUAAUUCAGUACAAACUAGCGAGCCAGGUCGUGCAGCAGAGACCUCCACAGCGGGAGACACACACAGCUACGUAACACAGGAUGGCAAAUUCAGAUGCAGUAAGUGCUCCUUUUCAUCCUGCAGGCUCACUACUAUAGAACGGCACUGCUCAGCGUGCACAAGGCUGACCUCCCGAAGACAGGCCGGCCAGAGGUCACAGCAGCACACGAGGACUGCAGAACCAGAGGAGGAGGAUGAAAGUGAUGAAGACUUUGGGGAUGAGGAUGAAAGUGAGGAUGAUGCAAAUGAAACAGUAGAGCCAAAAAAGCCUGUGGGCCGUUUUUCCUGCCACAGCUGUCCGUUUGUUUGCCACCAGAAGAGGGCGCUGCUGAGCCAUCAGAAGCGGGGCUGUCUGCGGCUGGGGGAGGUGCAGUGCCAGUUCUGCGCCUUCGUGGCCAAAUCGCAGGACGCUCUGCAGCACCACGUGGCGGUUCACGGCAAGAAGAGGCCUGUGUCUGCGCCCCAGGGGGCGAAGACGCGCCUUCGGUGCGAGCUCUGUCCGUUCACCUGCAAGCAGGCGCGCUGCCUGGCGCAUCACGUCGCCCUGAAGCACGAGGGGGCGAAGCCGCACUCCUGCCGCUUCUGCGGCUUCAGCACCAAGCGGCGCUAUCGGCUGGAGGCACACGAGUCUCUGCACACGGGCGUGGGCCGGCACUGCUGCGAGCUGUGCGCUCAGACCUUCGGCACCACCUCCAAGCUGCGGCUACACCGCCAGCGCGUGCACGACCGCCGGCCCUCCCACUUCUGCUCGCUCUGCGACUACAGCGGCUACAGCCGCAACGACGUCAGCCGCCACACCCUCAGCUGCCACACGGGGGCGCUCAGCCACGCCUGCUCGCUGUGCAGCGCCCGCUUCAGCUCGGACACCGCCCUGAAGCAGCACUGCCUUCGGAAGCACCAGGACCCCCCCUGCCUGCCCUGCCCCAGCUGCCCCUUCUCCUGCCGCAGCCGGGCCUCCCUCAGGGCCCACCAGCAGCUGCAGCACCCUCAGCUGGACUGCCCCACCUGCCACGCCGCGUUCCAGAGCCGGGAGAGCCUGGAGGAGCACCGCCGCUCCCACCUCGCCCAUAAGUGCCCGGUGUGCCCCUUCGCCGCCCGCGAGAGGCAGGCUCUGGCCCAGCACCUCCUGGAGGAGCACGAGGAGGGCGGCAGCGAGGAGCGGCCGCUGAAGUGUGCCGCGUGCGGCUUCUCCUGCCGCUUCCAGCUGGUGUUCGAGCAGCACGUCCGUUCCCACGGCGGCGCCCGUCUCUACAGGUGCACUGACUGCCAGUACUCCACGCGCAACCGGCAGAAGAUCACCUGGCACAUCCGCAUCCACACCGGCGAGAAGCCGUACCGCUGUGACAGGUGCAGCUACACCUGUGCCGACCCCUCCCGCCUCAAGUAUCACAUGCGGAUUCAUCAGGAGGAGCGCAAGUAUCUCUGCCCUGAGUGCGGCUACAAGUGCAAGUGGGUGAACCAGCUGAAGUACCACAUGACCAAGCACACAGGAGCGAAGCCGUACGCGUGCGAGGAGUGUGAGUACCGCACCAACCGCGCCGACGCCCUGCGCGUUCACCGCGAGACGCGGCACCGGGACGCGCGCUCCUUCAUCUGCGAGAAGUGCGGGAAGGCCUUCAAAACGCGCUUCCUGCUGAAGACGCACCAGCGCAAGCACAGCGAGGAGCGGCCGUUCGUGUGCCGCCUGUGCGGCCGGGCCUUCCGCUGGCCCGCGGGCCUCCGGCACCACUUCCUCACCCACACCCAGCAGCAGCCCUUCCACUGCCUGCUCUGCUCCUACCGCGCCAAGCAGAGGUUCCAGGUGAUCAAGCACCUGCAGCGCCACCACCCCGAGCAGCCCGCCGAGCAGGGCGUCGGCCGGGACCCCGGCCCCCACACAGUGUCCCUGCAGGAGGCCCGCCUGGGGGGGGCGGGGGAGGCACAGCCGGGGGGGGAGCAGGAGGUGCAGGAGAUCCAGCAGGAGGCAGGAGAGACUGCUUAG